AGAAGAGAUGAAGGAACAAUCUCUUCAUCUGCAAUCAUAAAUGAGACAAAGAAUCCAUCAGAGGUUCAUUUCCAGCGGAUCAGCCCCAGUUGUUGUAACCAGUCCAGUCCCCACUCAAGAAAACAUAACCCGUCUGAUUCUUGAUCAAAAAUCUGCUUCCGAAGCUCUCCAAACCUUCAGAUGGGCAUCCAGUCUUCCCCAUUUCACCCACUCCCAGUCCACAUUCAGAGCUCUGGUUCACAAGCUCUGCGCUUUCCGGCGUUUCGAAACCGUCUACCAACUGCUCGACGAAAUGCGCAGCUCAAGUUGCGUGUCCCCUGACGAAGGCGUUUUUGUCACUGUCGUCCGUGGUUUGGGCCGGGCUAGAAUGGUCAGGGAAGUGAUCAGAGUUCCAGAUUUAGCCUCCAGGUUCGGUCUGGCCCCGAGUCUGAAGCUCAUGAAUUCGAUUCUUGAUGUUUUGGUCAAGGAGGACAUUGAUAUUGCCAGGGAGUUUUACAGGAAGAAGAUGAUGGGAUGCCAUGGUUUUGUUCAAGGAGAUGAUUACACUCAUGCGAUUCUAAUGAAAGGGCUCUGCGCCACCAACAGAAUCCGGGACGGAUUCAAGCUUCUGCAGGUGUUGAAGACCCGGGGCGCGAAACCAAACAUUGUUAUAUACAAUACACUCUUGAGUGCCCUUUGUAAGAAUGGGAAAGUUGGGAGGGCAAGGAGUUUGAUGAGGGAAGUAUCCGAACCCAAUGACGUGACGUUCAAUAUCUUGAUUUCUGCUUACUGUAAAGAUGAUAAUCUAGUGCAGGCAUUGGUUAUGCUGGAGAAAAGCUUCAGCAAAGGGUUUGUUCCUGAUGUUAUAACAGUGACUAAGGUAUUGGAAAUCCUAUGUAACAAAGGGCGUGUCUCUGAGGCCGUUGAGGUCCUACGAAGAGUAGAGGAGAGCAGAGGGACGAUUGACGCAGUGGCUUAUAAUACACUGAUAAAAGGCCAUUGCAGGUUAGGGAAGGUCAAAUUUGGGCGUCGGCUAUUGACUGAGAUGGAGAGGAAAGGGCACUUGCCAAAUACAGAGACAUAUAACUCUUUGAUAUCUGGUUUAUGUGAGUGUUCCAUGUUGGACAUGGCUCUUGACAUGUUUAAUGAAAUGCAAAUGGUUGGGUUGAAGUGGAAUUUUGCCACUUAUGAUACUCUAAUCCACGGGCUUUGCUCCGUCGGGAGGACUCAAGAAGGGCUCAAGAUCUUGGCUUUAAUGGAGGAGAGUAAAGGGGAGAUUCACAUAAGGCCUUAUAAUGGGGUCAUAUAUGGCCUUUACAAGGAAAACCGUUUGGACGAAGCGUUUGGAUUCUUGAAGAAUAUUGAUAAUAUAUUUCCACGAUGCGUAGAUAGGAGCCUUAGAAUUCUCCAAUCGUGCAAAGAUGGAAGCAUUGACGGAGCGAAAAAGUUUUAUCUUCAGAUGAUAGAGGAAGGUGGCAUUCCAUCUGCAUUGGUUUAUGCAGACCUAAUCCAUACAUUUUGUGAGAAAGAACGGUUAAGGGAAGCGAUCGAGGUGAUGAAUGAGAUGGUCGGGCACGGCUAUCUUCCCGUUGCUUCCACGCUCAACGCGGUGAUCAAAGGGCUUUGCAAGAAGGGUAAAAUUGGAAACGCCUUAAAGUUCAUGGAGGAUAUGAUGGGAAGAGGUUGCUUACCUGAUGCAAAAAGCUAUGGUUUGUUUCUUGAAUCCUUUUGUAGUAAAGGAGAGUUCCACAAAGCUUUCAUCAUCUUUAUGCAAAUGGUGGAAAAGGGUAUAAUUCCAAACUUUUCUUCAUGGAAUACAUUGGUUCAAUGUUUGUGUCAAGAACACCAAAGUAUGUGUUGUGUGGGUGACAAACUUUGUUUCAUUAUAGAAACUUGAUGUCAAAAUUUGAACAUUUUAAGGAAAAUGAUUCAUGUGACGUGUCAUUUUACAUGAACCUGGCAAUAACAACAAUAACCCAGUAUGAUCCCAACUCCCUUGGGAUAUGGGAAAUCAAGAUGUACUCCCUUG